AGUAAGCCAGCGUCACGCGCUAAGUCUCCCCACUCGCUGCUUCGCCACUGAAUACCCCACCAUCAAGGACCAAGCACUAAGCAUUCCAUUGGCAUGCCACGCUCCGACGGCACGAUAGAAGACGUUCGUCGCUCGUCGAGUUAGUCGAGCUCUGACGCCAGUCGUGAGCGGUCGCACUUUUGGCGGCAUACGACCAGAAGAAACAAUCGAGAAAGAGCGCAUACUCUUUCAUCGCUUCAUCUCAACUCAACGUCGACUCGAUAUCGAGAUCCACAUUCGUAUCGCGGUUGCUUUAAUUGUACCGUGCAUCGGAUAGCGUUCGAGAGAGAGAGAGAAAGAGAGAAGGAAGCACCGAGCGCAACGGACUUGGAUUAUCAGUGAAGUGAUUGACUUCGGUUUAUAUAUAAAUAGUGCUAUCACGCCGGCGGGGAUUAUUUGACUUGGAAAUUUUCCGCGGGUUCAGUGAUACUGAGAGUAAAAAAAAAAAAUAAAUAAUGGUGACCGGAGUGGGUGCCACGAUGCCGACGGGUGGAGUCACCGUCGGUGCAACACCACCCGCGCAACACGUGCCACAGGAAGCUGGUCAGCCUCCGGCACAAACUACUCCGACUACCACCACGACUACGAGGAGAUCUGGAGAAAAUCGACGGAGCAAUAAACCCAUUAUGGAAAAAAGACGCCGAGCCCGUAUCAAUAGCAGCUUAAACGACCUGAAAACCCUCGUACUGGAAUCUAUGAAAAAAGACCCGGCAAGACAUUCAAAGCUCGAGAAGGCUGACAUUUUGGAAUUGACCGUCAAGCAUUUGGAAAACCUUCAACGGCAACAGGUCGCCAUGGCCGCCGCGACAGAUCCGAACGUCCUCAACAAAUUCCGCGCCGGUUACACGGAGUGCGCCAGCGAAGUCAGCAAAUUUCCCGGUUUGGAUGCCUCGGUGAAGAGACGUCUGAUAGCUCAUCUGGCCUCAUGCCUGGGUCCGGUUGAAACCAGUACCAACAACGGCCAAACGACGACUCAGCAGCCUGUUCAACCGGCGCCUCCGACGACGCAAUUACAAGUGCAUAUCCUGCCUCAAGUUGAUACAACCCCGCGGAUUCAAGUUCAGCAAUCGAAUGGCAUAUUUUUCACUAAUGCCAACGGCACCGGCCUGCAACUGGUCCCGACCAGACUCCCGAACGGCGACAUCGCCCUGGUACUUCCGGCGGGAGCGAAAGCCGCUGGUCCAUCAUCGCCGUCGUCAUCUCCGGCGCCAAGCUCACCGUUACCAACUCUGAUCCCGAUCCCUCAGAGAACCGCCAGCACGGCGUCCGCGUCAUCAUCGACCUCAUCAACCAGCUCGACGUCCACGUCAGCGGGGAGCCCGGUAGCGUUCGAGGGACCCCCUACGUCGUUCCGCGAGCAAUCUACCACCUACAGCCCGGCCAACAGUCACAGAGAUGUCGCGACAUCCCCGGCGAAUGGUUACACCAGCGAUCCGGAGUUCGAUCCACGCGUCUACAGCCCUCCCCUCCAAAAACCUCUCGCGCUCGUAAUGAGGAAGAGCGUAAUGCCGGCGGUCGAGGAUAAACCGUGGAGACCGUGGUAAAAAAAAAAGAAGAAGAAACAGGCACGUGCGUGAUAAUAAUCAAAGUGAUAUAUAGUGUCGAUGGUAAAAUCUGAGAAUGUGCUAAUUGAAACGUGCCGGUUUGCGCAUCGCACAAGAAAUUCCGCGAAAAAGAAACAUGUUCCUCAAUAAUGUAGAUGAUUGUAGACGCGCGAUCCCGUUCGUGAAAGAAUGCCGCGAAGAGGAUCGUUAGAAGACACGACAGUUUAAUCUUGCGCGUACACGGUCGGCCAGUAGCCAAUGGAGGCAGCCUUUAUUACUAGUGCCUUGAAAAUAUAUUAAAUUUUUGGUGUGCCGGAAAUGAGCGCAUAUGGUUUCUCCGAGAUAUCGCGAAGUUAGUUUUUUUUUUUGUCUUAUCUCGCAUCGUUCUUUCCCUUUAGCUCCCUUCCCGAUUUUCCCUUUGUACAUAAGUUAUAAAAAUAUUAAUAUUUUAAGUGCCUUAUGCAACAAGAAUCACCGAGGUCUUCCAUUCUGUUUCUUGUACGUAAAAUACUAGACGAUUUGUAGUAUAUCGUUGUAAGUACGACGAAUGUUUAGUUAUUACGAUAUUUUUUUAGGCUUAGGAUUUUUUAAGUUUAAGAAUCGCGUGAUGUACGAGAAUGUAUGAAUGUAAAUAUGAGAAUACAAUUGAAAGAACACGUUAUUUAUAUUUAUACGAGUGCAAAGAGGUUAUAUUUAUAAUUCCUCUCUAUUAUGAGAAUAGACAACUGACGCUUACUAUUGCAAGAGCAUCAAAUAAAUGUUGAUCUCUUUCUCAAAACAUAA